AUGUCUGCCUUCAACUCGACCGCCUUUUCCCGCCUGCGAUGGUCUGUAUUCGAAGACCCAUCCACCAUCCGUGUAGCAGACGAUGCCUCAAAACCAGCGCCGUCGCUCACACCGUAUACCCAUCACCAUCCCGUCGCCCUGGAAGCCGCAUGUACGCCUCCCGUGAAAGAGAUUUACUUCACGAUGCAAGUGUACGGCGAGUAUGAAGGCUGGGACUCCUCACCGCUGCAGGAUAUCCAAAGACCUGCAACAGCCUGGCACGAGGUCGCCGUGCGCCGCUCCGACGGGGAUGCUUUACUAGUAGCCGACGUCGUCGAGCAAUUGCACGCAUAUUUCCAGAAGCAGAAAGACUGGAUUCUGGAGGCGCUGACGCCGCUGUAUGAUGUGCAGCAGGGCUUGGAAAUCGACACGCCGAUUCCGCAAGGCGCGCGGGUGUGGUUUGAAGGCUUCGAAGCUAUCGAGGUCAGGGGCGAUGGGACGGUUGGUGUUGCUGUGUGGUUGGAGGGAAUGGAUGAGUUUGGUGUUGAGGAGUUUUGGCGGAGUCGCUAUAGAGAUCGUAAGGAUUGA